AUCUUCUUCUCUCUCCUGCAGCGUGGGGAGUGGCAGUGAGGUGUGGCGAGAGAUGAUCCGGAAGAAGAUCUUCCUGGCCUUUGUGGUCAUCAGCACCGUCAGCCUCCUGCUUCACCAUGGGGGGCACCUGGAGAGCUGGACCAUGGAGGCCUUCUACCUGGGCUGCCCCGUCCUCUGCUCCUCGCCGUCCCCGUGCCUGGAGCCCAAGCACACCCACGUGGCCUUCCUCAAGACCCACAAGACUGCCAGCAGCACCAUGCAGAACCUGCUCUUCCGCUUCGCCGAGCGCCACAACCUGACGGUGGCGCUGCCCAUCCAGUCGUGCGGCCACCAGUUCUGCUACCCGCGCACCUUCACCUCCCACUUCGUGCACCCCCACACCCUGCCGCCCUCCAUCGUCACCAACCACAUGCGCUUCAGCCGCGCCGAGCUGCGGCGGCUGAUGCCUGAGGACACGGUAUACAUCACCAUCCUGCGCGAGCCGGGCCUCAUGUUCGAGUCGCUCUUCAGCUACUACAGCCAGAUCUGCCAGAGCUUCAAGCGUGUGCCCAACUGCUCCCUGGAGGCCUUCCUGGAGGAGCCCCUGCGCUACUACCGGCCCAAGGAGAAGGACGCCAUGUACGCCCGCAACACCCUGACCUUCGACCUGGGCGGCGACAAGGACCGCUCGGCCGAGGACGUGGGCUACAGCCGGGCCUUCGCGGCGGAGGUGGAGCAGGCCUUCGCGCUGGUGAUGAUCGCCGAGCACUUCGACGAGUCUCUGGUGCUCCUGCGCCGCCUGCUCUCCUGGGACCUGGAGGACGUGCUGUACCUGAAGCUCAACAUGCGCACGCUCAGCUCCAAGCGGAGCCUCUCGCCGGACCUCUCCGCCAAGAUCCGCGAGUGGAACGCCCUGGACGCCCGCCUCUACGACCACUUCAACGCCUCGCUGUGGCGCCAGAUCGCCGCCGUGGGCCCGGCGUGCGUGGCCCGGGAGGUGCGUCUGCUGCGCAAGCACCAGGACCAGCUGGUGAGGAACUGCUUCGGCCGGCGCAUGCCGCUGAUGCGCUCGGCCUCGCAGAUCAAAAACAAGGACCUCCGACCCUGGCAGCCUAACGCCAAGGUGGACAUCGUGGGCUACGACCUGCCGGCCAACCUCAGCCAGGUGACGUCCAGCCAGGCCCAGGAGAACUGCCUGAAGCUGAUCAUGCCCGAGGUGCAGUACACACAGCUGCUCCUGCACUCCCAGUCGCUGCUCUACCGCCGGAACUUUCAGCAGCGCGCCCCGCAGCGGCCUCAGACCCCCAAGCUGCCCGUGAGGUCGGUGCUGCCUCGCCGGCCCCCGGCCGAGUCCCCACAGGGGCCCGGAUCGGGCCCAGGCUCCACGUCAACAUCCACCCUGCGGCCUGCUGGAGGAACCCAGGCUAGAGGGGCGAAGCCUGGGCCGGGAUCCUCCCCGACCCAAGCCUUGUAACCCGACCGUAACCAACCCGGUCUCAUCCACCUGCUUAAAUAUAACCAGAUUUGACACUUUCAAAGUGAGUGCAGUGUGUAGGCGCCAUGUACACUUUUGCGUGCAGUUGGUCGGCCAAUCCUUCGCUGUGGAGAGCCGAUUGAACGGUCAUGACAUCACCAUUGAUCUGGCAAACAAGAAGGCUCACAUUUAUUUUGGGGAAACGUGGAAAAUGCAAUAUUUUUAUAUAGUUUCGGACAUGAUUAAAAAAUAAUAUUGGCGAUACCUGAAAGAAUAACUAUUCAUAAUAACUAUUUAACUACGCUAGAAAUGUUUUCAAAACAAAUUUUAAUGAUGAAACCAUGUCAAAAUAUUACAUUUUCCCUUGAGAAGCGACCGCUUUAGGUUAUGCUUGGUAUUUGAGGGCGUCUGCUCUCUACAGAAGUCAAUGAGAAGGAUUGGCGGAAUUGUCACCUGCAUGCCAAAAUUGGAUGCUCAAAUCGUGUUAUUUAUACGCAGAUAGGAUAGAUCGGAUGUCUACAACAGACUUGAUUAGAGGCUACAGUGCCCAAAUAACUAUGAGUGCCAAGGCGAAUCCAAGGGAUAAACUUCAUGGUUAAGGUUACUUGAAUCAUCAUCCAUCCAUCCCUCCAGGAGAUACCCUAUAGAUAACAAAAGACCAGACGAACCAAAUAAGAAGGGUGACCGCCAAGAUGCAUUGAUUGUAAUAAUAAUGGACUUGACACCUAGAUCAUGAGUCAAACCAUCUAUUGUCACUUGGGGUCAAAUCAGCAUCCUUGGUUAUCCCCUUACCUCCUGCUUGUUCCCGAAUGAUCUGUGUGCACCCGUGAGUGUGUUUGUGUGUGUGUGUGUGUGUGUGUGUGUGUGUGUGUGUGUGUGUGUGUGUGUGUGUGUGUGUGUGUGUGUGUGUGUGUGUGUGUGUGUCUGUGUGCAUAAGCUUUCUGGAAAAUGAGCCCCCCCAAUGGGAACAGACCGAAAGCAGCGCAAAAGCGCGUUUUCGAAGAAUGUCCAAAAAUAAAAAAUAAACAGAUUCCAGCUCAUAAACCCGCAAGGACCAAUCCUCUACUGACUACACUCACAAGAGGCACAUCAGAUGGAGAGGAGAAACUACUCCAGCGGGAACCAAGUCCAAAUAGAGAUGGGCAGCCAGCACUGCCCGAAGAAUCACCGCAACAUCCCCGCUUCAGCUGUGAGAUGACCGAGGACCAUGGAGGCCUUCUCCCCGGGCUGCCCCGUCCUCUGCUCCCCGCCGUCCCCGUGCCUGGAGCCCAAGCACACCCACGUGGCCUUCCUCAAGACCCACAAGACUGCCAGCAGCACCGACUGCCAGCGGCACCGUGCAGAACCUGCUCUUCGGUGUCAACGGUGGCACUGCCCUGUCACCGGUUCUGCUAUCCAUGCACCUUCACCUCCGACCUCGUGCGACCCCCCGCACCCUGCCGCCCCCGCAUCAUCCCGCCCGCAGCACCCUGACCUUCGACUUGGACGGCGAC